AGUAUAGUUUCUUAUUUGAUACAUCCGGCUACGAGGUAGAAUGCUGAAUCAACGAAAGGAGAAGCAGUCUAGAGUGUCAUGGCUCUAUAGGGGUUACCCACAGGUCGUCAUCACAGGGAUUAUCGCCUUCUGUUGCCCCGGUUUCUUCAACGCCAUCCAGGGUCUAGGAGGCGCUGGCAAUGCUAACCCCUCUGCUAACGAUCCGGCCAAUAUUGCACUGUACGUAUGUUUUGCCAUAUUUGGCUACUUGGGAGGUUUCUUCUUCAACAUCAUGGGCCCGAAAAUCCUCAUGUGUGUCGGUGGGUUGAGCUACGCAUUCUAUGCAGCGGCUGCUUAUGUAUCCGGACAUGUUGCUGGUACUGGUUGGCUUUUCAUUCUAGCAGGCGCCGUCUGCGGUUUGGGAGCUGGCUGGCUCUGGACUGCCCAGGGUGCGUUAAUGAUGGCGUAUGCCCCUGAGAAUAAGAAGGGUCAUUACAUCACGACCUUCUGGGUUAUAUUCAACCUUGGUGGCUUCAUCGGUGGUAUCCUACAGUUCGCUCUGAACUUCAGUGAGGGCUCUAAUGGCGCUAAUGCUGCAUCAUACUUCGUCUUUAUCGCUAUUAUGGCCGUUGGUGGUAUCAUGGCUCUCUUCUUACUCAUGAAUCCUGCGAAGGUAGUGUUGGAAGAUGGUAGUAAAGCAGUUAUGGCCCAGGCUAAGGGUGCUAAAGAGGAGUUAUUAGAUGCAAUGUCAGUCAUAUUUGACAAGAACAUGAUGCUCCUUUUAUUGCUCUUUUUUGGGUCUAACUUCUUCUAUACCUAUGUCUUCAAUUGCGUUAACGGUGUAUUAUUCACCAUUCGUACGAGAGGUCUCAACUCAGCUCUGUAUUGGCUGGCUCAAAUGGCUGGUGCCUGGAUCAGUGGUCUUAUCCAGGAUGAUCCUAAACAUACCUUGGCUCGACGGGCUAAGAAUGGUUUCUGGUUUAUGUGUAUCUCAUUUAAUAUCACUUAUGCCUUGGGCUGCUAUCUCCAGUAUGGCUAUCAUGGUGGCUAUGAUAGAUAUCACAACGUUGUUAAGCCUGAGGAUCUCAUCGAUUUGACUGAUUACUACUACUGGUAUCCUCUUAUCGUCUACAUCCUCUACGGUUUCAGUGAUUCAGUCGUUCAGACGUUCUCCUAUUGGAUUAUGGGCGCUAUUGCUGGUGAUGACACUGGGCUUGCCGCUCGUUACACCGGGCUUUAUAAGGGUGUUCAGAGUGUGGGUGCAGUUAUCUCAUGGACGAUUGACUUACCUCAACUUGGAGUACCUUACUCGGCCCAGUUCUGGAUUUGCUGGGUGUUGUUCAUCAUUGCCUUACCAACGACUUAUCUCAUCACUCGUAAGGUUGGCCUAAGGUCUGUAGAGAUAGUGGAUGCUCCCUCGCCGUCGAAUGAUGAUGGUAGCACCCCGACAAAGCUUGGGGACUCCGACUAA